GCGAGCAGUUCAAAGUCGCAGCCUUCAGAGGCUCAGCACCUUAAUACGUAAUAAAACACCAUUUAACGUGUAUUGUGAGCCCGUUGUACGUCAUCGACCCUCUGCCUCCCUAAAAGCCCGACCAUGCGCAUCGGCCUAAACCGACACUUUGCGCCUCUGCCUAGGCAGAGGCGCCCAGGCUACGGAACAACCGGCGGCGGCGAAAACCCAGCAGAGAAAAAGAAAAGCCCCCCCCCCCCAAAGGAGAAAAAUUAAUUGCAUCCUCUCUGUAUAAAACCAAACGGUUAUCUGCCGCCGAGGCUUUCAACUCCCUCACAGUAAAUUUUUCUACACACUGUCUGGACAUUUUGUCUGUAUUUUGGUUACCAUAGAAUUGAGAAAUAAGAAGGUGAUGUGCUGUUGCAACGUUUGCUGCUGUGAUUGUAUACUUGUGCUGAUAGCGCUUGUGUUCCCGCCGUUUCCCGUGUGGGUCAAGUGUGGUGUGUGCUCCGCUGAGUCGUUCAUCAACAUUGCGCUGUGCUUUUUGGGGUACCUGCCGGGUGUUCUUCACAGCUUCUACAUCAUUGCGAAGUAUCCAAUCAGGUAUGUUGUUCUGGACGAGGAGGCACAGAUAUACCGUGUUGUGAACGAUCCUUCGAACGCCAGAAGACACAGCGUAUACCCAAGAGCGACGAUGGUCACAUCGUCUGCCGGGUCGCAGUUGACCACCGCGGACUCGACGCAGUUGUACUAUGGCUCUACGAGCAGUGUGAAUAACACGGGCAACAACAACAGCCAAGGUGAAGCGUUCCCGCAACCACCUCCAUAUACCGAGCUCGAUAACUCCACUGUGCAGGAACAACCUCAACAAGGAGCUCACCCGCAACUACAGUCGUCACAGUUUAGUGGUAAGAAUUAGACAACCACGGUGGACUGCCAGAACGAAUAUAGAAUGAGUACCCCAUAAUGACCUUUCCGCUAAGCCGCUUUAACGAUUCAUACACACGAUACCCAAAUUUUAAUAAUGCCACUCAUUUAAUUGAUGUCAAGUCUCAUAUAAAAGACAGGUGUAAAUUGGCAGCGUAUAGUAUUAAAGUCUCUGUCUUUUGUCCAGGUGAUCUGGCAGAUCGUCGAGUUCUUCUAGAGGAGCAACAGUAUCAAGGCCGUCCACGUCAAAUAUUUCAAGAUCUGUUACUCUAACUGUGACUGGAGUGGAUGCAAUACAGUUGCAGACACCGUCCUCAACGAGAUAGAUCCUUAGACACCUAUCCACAGUCGCAGUGGCAAUCACCAGGAACCUGGUUUCGCCAUGUCUUCCAUUCCUCAACUUUUGUAUCUUCAUAGCACCCAGAGGCCCGAUUUGUAACUUGAAUCUGCUCAUCACAGUCAGCCUCAGCAGAUGAACCAAGACAACGUUG